AUGAAGUCAGAAUCGCUAUUACGGCCCAGUCGGCCACUUGGACCGAUUAAACACCCCACACCACUAAACCAACCGAACACCUACUCCCAACUCCUACUCCCAACACCAAACACCACAAUGGCAGCCAGCUUCAAGGACACGUUCAUCGAGACGGCCAUCAACACCGGCGUCCUCCUCUUCGGCGAGUUCACCCUCAAGUCUGGCCGCAAGUCGCCGUACUUCUUCAACGCCGGCCUCCUGUACGACGGCCAGCUCCUCUCCGCCACUGCCGACGCGUUUGCUUCUACCCUCCAAACCAACGUCGCCGACUUUGACGUCCUCUUCGGCCCAGCAUACAAGGGCAUCCCGCUCGCUGCGGUCACCUGCGUAGCCCUGGCCAACAAGGGCAUCAACAAGGCAUACUGCUACAACCGCAAGGAGAAGAAGGACCACGGCGAGGGCGGUACUCUUGUCGGUGCUCCUAUGGCCGGCAAGAAGGUCGUCAUUAUCGACGACGUCAUGACUGCCGGCACGGCGAUUCGCGAGGCUAUUGCCAUCCUCCGCGAACAGCCUGGCGCCCAGCUCGUCGGCAUUGUGCAGCUUGUGGACAGGCGCGAGCGGGGCAAGGGCGACUCGUCGACGGCGCAGGAGGUCGCUAAGGAAUUCGGCGUGCCCGUCCUCCCGAUCAUUAGCAUCAAUGACAUUAUCGCCUACCUCAAGACUCGCGGAGGUUACGAGGACCAGGUCAAGGCUAUCGAGGCGUACCGUGCCCAGUACGGUGUCGCCGCGUAG